GUUUCACAAUAGACGUUUAUACACCAUUCGAUAGAGAAUUUCAAGAGCUACAUUUUGCACUAUUUGUAUUUCAAGAUAGAUAAAAUCGACUUUUUGGCCUAAUGUCCGCUUAGUUGCCCACUGUGUCAUGUGAGUUAUACUGUUAUUGUGUAUGCACAGUUUCCCCCCUCUGUCACUCAUCCGUAAAAAUUCAUCCACUACUUACAAUACUAGCCUUCAACAGAUAGUUUGACAUGUCUACACAUUGGAUCACAGAAGAAUUAUCACACAUUAACUUGUAUUAAAUUAGACUUCAAGAACAAGGUUUUACUUUUUCAGCAUUUUCUUUCACAAGUGUCGUGUGUAAAUUAUGUCAAGAAGAUAAUUCUGGACUUAUUCUGCCCAUUAUUACUCAAUAUCAUCAUAAAACACCGAAAAUAAUUCUGAAGAAUUUGAAAAACAUCACUUACAAGAGCUUUGAAGAUGCUGAAUUCAAAAUAACGGACGUUGCAGGAGAAAUAGUGGAUUAUCGCAAAACAUCAGCGAUAAUGAUCAGCAAAUAUACAGAUACAAUGGCUGUCGUUAAAUUAGAUAAUCAGAAUAAGUAUUAUUUAUUCAAAACAAAUCCAUUUACUCAAUCAGUUCCAUGCACAAAUGCAGAUAUUGGAGAUUUAUUUGCAACGUCAGCGAAAAUAAUUGUAAUUUUCGGCAAAAUCGAAAAUGAUAUGCUGAAUUCGUUGUUACCUGGUUCGACCUUCUAUCGUCCCUUAGAAAUAGUAGCAUGUGAUACAGGAACGGUUCCUAUAUUGCACGAUGCCAAAAUACAAUCAAGAGUAAAUCCAGGUGAAAAGCAAUCCAAUCAUUUACAAGACAGCUCAUUUCAACUGGUUAUUAAUCAUAAACAAACUUCUGUCAUGCAUGUUAGCAAUUUAGCUUUAACGUUACCGAGUUGCACAACUCCAACUGAAGCGGCUCAGAAACGAUCAAUAACAGUAUCUAGCAAUUCAGAUGAAAUUAAGACAAGACUUAAUUUGCCAGUCAUCAGUCUUCAAGAUCAAACCUUGACCAAACAAGAACCCCCUGUUAUGCCUCGUAUGAGCCACAUUAAGAAUAUUUGUAUUAUUAAACCUGUUACUGCUUCUCCACUAUCCGUCCAAUUAUUAAACGGUCAAACUGGUUCAAUACUACAAACCGCUCAAGUUAUUCAAAAAACGAAAAUUGAAGGCACACCGUCCCUGAUUGGCUCACGAACUGUUUUUCAGUCAUAA